AAAAAACUUAUCUUGGACUAUUACAAGAGUUUCAAGCUGAGAGUCACCUCUGGGACAGUCACUUCUGAGUGGCAUCGGCUUGAGAAAGGGAUCAUCACUGGAUGCACUAUUUCAGUGAUUCUCUUUGCCUUGGCCAUGAACAUGCUGGUCAAGUCAGCAGAAGUCGAGUGCAGAGGUCCGCUCACCAAGUCUGGAGUCCGCCAGCCCCCCAUCAGAGCCUUUAUGGACGACCUGACAGUAACGACGACGUCAGUGCCGGGGUGCCGAUGGAUCCUUCAGGGCUUGGAGAAGAUCAUCACCUGGGCUCGGAUGUGUUUCAAGCCUGCAAAAUCUAGGUCCCUGGUGCUCAAGAGAGGGAAAGUGACUGACAAGUUCCGCUUCUCUCUGGACGGCACCCAGAUUCCAUCAGUCACCGAGAAACCCAUCAAGAGCCUCGGAAAGACCUUUGACUGCACCCUGAAGGACGCUGCAUCCAUCAAGGCCACAAAUCGGGAGCUGGAGGCGUGGCUGACAGCAGUGGACAAGUCGGGUCUGCCUGGUAAAUUUAAGGCCUGGAUUUACCAGCAUGGUGUUCUCCCCAGGAUUCUGUGGCCCCUGCUUGUUUACGAGUUCCCAAUAACAACAGUACAGGGCUUCGAGAGGAGGAUCAGCCGUUACCUCCGUAGAUGGCUGGGCCUGCCACGAAGCCUGAGUAGCAUCGCUCUAUAUGGGCACAACAACAAACUGAAGCUCCCCAUUAGCAGCCUGAAUGAGGAGUUCAUGGUAACCCAUGCAAGAGAGGUGCUGCUGUACAGGGAAUCCAGUGAUCCAAAGGUCUCCCAGGCUGGCAUCGAAGUCAGGACUGGAAGGAAGUGGAGGGCGCAGGAAGCAGUCGAGCAGGCGGAGUCACGCUUGCGUCACAGCAUGCUGGUCAGCCCAGUGGCAUCUGGACGAGCAGGGCUUGGUAUCGUUGCAACCACACGCUACGACAAAGCCCUGGGCAAAGACAGACGCCGAUUGGUCCAAGAGGAAGUGAGAACUGGCGUGGAGGAACUGCGUGCUAGCCAGAUGGUGGGGAUGCGACAGCAAGGCGCAUGGACGAGAUGGGAACAGGCAGUGGACCGCAAGAUCUCCUGGUCGGGGCUUUGGCAAGCUGAGCCUUACCGGAUCAAGUUCCUGAUUGCGUCCGUCUAUGACGUCUUGCCCAGCCCAUCCAACCUCCAAAGCCCUGGGAGAAGGACGCUACACUUGGCGCCACGACCAGGUGCUGAAGGCGAUAGCAGAAACCAUCUUCACCAGCAUCACCCAGAACAAGCCUCUCCGACCAGCAAGGCAGGCGAUUGCUUUCAUUCGAGCAGGGGAGAAGCCUAAGCCCAAGCCAAGGGGGGCAGCGG